AAAAAGCAAGCUCGCCAGGCUAGCUGGACGAAGCUAGUGUGAGUCUCGUCGUCGACCCUCUGGGCGGUUCCGUCCCGGCUGAGAGCUUCGAGCGAAGAAGAAAGCGAAGCGACAAAACUACCAGCGCAGACACAAACAUGGCGCCGGCGUGCCCGAGCGAGAGCCGCGGCUGAAAAGUGUCAGCAACUUAAGUCGGCCAGCGGCGAACUUUCACUCGGGUUCGACCCGACGUCGAGUUGAACGCGCGCCCGUCCGAAGUACGAAACUGAACGGCGACUCGCUUACAUGUCAACGUUGCCCCUCGCGGCGGUGUAAACAGCCGGCGCACGUCCAGCCAUGAUCAAGGACAAGGGUCACCGCGUAACCGACUACUUUGUGGUGGCCGGCCUGACGGACAAGUCGGCGGCGCCGGAGCGCGACCUUUCCGAAGCCAAGUCGAGCGGGCCUGAGGCCCCCAUCACCGACCUGGCCGUCAUCAACCGGUCCGCGGGCGAGGCGGUGCCCGAGGGCUUCACCUGCAUCGACAGCACCCACGGCGGCCAGCCGGCCAACCUGAACCACGGCAGCCUCAAGAGCCCCGAGCUCUUCCUGUGCUACAAACGGAGUCGAGGAAAGCCGCCGCUCAUUGACGUCGGCGUUCUGUACGAGGGCAAGGAGCGUCUAAUCCAGGGCUGCGAGGUCAUCCAGGCCACGCCGUACGGCCGCUGCGCCAACAUCAACAACAGCUCGGCCGCCUCGCAGCGCAUCUUCGUCACCUUCCGCCGCGCUCCGCCCGUCCAGCCCCAGAACUCCCUGGCGGUGACCGACAUCUGCGUCAUCGUUACCAGCAAAGGCGAGACGCCGCCGCAUACCUUCUGCAAGGUGGACAAGAACCUCAACUGUGGCAUGUGGGGCUCAAGCGUGUUUGUGUGUUACAAGAAGUCAGUAUCCGCAUCCAACUCCAUCACUUACAAAGCCGGUCUCCUAUUUCGCUACCCGGAGGAGGACUACGAGUCUUUCCCCUUGUCAGAGUCGGUUCCUCUCUUCUGCUUGCCCAUGGGUGCCAAGAUCGAAUGUUGGGCGCCGAACACCCUCUCCCCCCUCCCCGUCUUCUCCACGUUUGUGUUGACCAGCAGUUCGGGUGAAAAGGUUUACGGUUCGGCCAUCCAGUUCUACGAGCCGUACCCGGUGGAGCUGCUGAGUGAGAAGCAGAAGAUCCACCUGGGCCUGCUCACCACCGUGGAAAAGAAGAUGAUCCCCAACCGUCCCUUGAACACAAACAAAUGCAUCUGCCUCCUCUCCCGCUGGCCCUUCUUCGAAUCCUUCCGCAAAUUCCUGAUGUUCCUCUACAAGCUGUCCGUCUCAGGCCCGCACCCGCUGCCCAUUGAAAAGCACAUUUCCCACUUCAUGCACAACGUGUCCUUUCCGUCACCGCAGAGGCCCCGAAUCCUCGUCCAACUCUCUGCACAUGACACCUUGAUCCUCUCCCAGCCUGUUUCUACACCUUUACCCCUCAGCGGCGCCGACUACGGCACCCUCCUGAUGAAUCUGGGCUCGGAGAACUGCGCCACGUUGCUGCACUUUGUCCUGCUGGAGAGCAAGAUCCUGCUGCACUCGCUCAGGCCAGCGGUGCUCACCGGAGUGGCAGAGGCUGUGGUGGCGAUGAUCUUCCCCUUCCAGUGGCAGUGUCCCUACAUCCCCCUGUGCCCGCUCUCCCUCGCGGGGGUCCUCAACGCCCCGUGUCCUUUUAUCGUGGGCGUCGACUCGCGCUACUUCGACCUCUACGACCCUCCGCCAGACGUUGUCUGCGUAGACCUGGACACCAACAAGAUCUACUUGUCUGACGAGAAGAAGCACAAUAACUGGAAGAACCUCCCGAAGAAGCCCUGCAAGAGCUUGGUCAACUCCCUGAGCAAUUUGCACCAGCAGCUGGCCACAGUUUCAGUCCGUCAAAGUGCGUCGACGGACUCCGCGGUGGACAUGACGCCCAUUGAGGCCGACUUCACUUGGCACAAGAAGAGGACCGGCCUGGAGAUGGAGAUCCAGGAGGCCUUCCUGCGCUUCAUGGCCUCCAUUCUGAAAGGCUACCGCUACUACCUGAAACCCAUCACCCAGGCACCGUCCGAGAAGGCCACGGCUGCCGACUCCCUGUACGAUCUGCAAGGUUUCCUCAAAAGCAGAGACCGCGCUCACCACAAGUUCUACUCGCAGCUGACCAAGACCCAAAUAUUCAUCCGCUUCAUCGAGGAAUGCACUUUUGUCAGCGACAAGGACACCGGCUUGGCCUUUUUCGACGACUGUGUCGAGAAGGUGACUCUCUUUCCCUCGUAUAAAAUCACCGACAAGGGCGGCAAGGUCGAAGGGGAAUCGUCGGAGGACACCAGACUGUUGGAGUUGGACGAGUCGCAAAAGAGCGAGCACACCGUCUUCGUGAUGCCUCCCGAGCCUCCGGCUGAGGACGGGCACGAGCCGCACCCCAGAUACACGUACAAAGGUUUCCCCCGACUGAAGAUGGAGCUAUUUGACCGCCCUAAGGAGUUACGGCCCGCCAUCAGCAGCCGAGCAGCGGGCGCCAGUCUUGCCAGCAGUCCCGCGCUACUGGCAAAGCGGACCAAGCAGGAGAUCAAACUGGCGUACAAAUUGGCGAAGCGCUUCUACGCCGACCCUCAGCUGUGGGCCCGCUGUCUUUUCAGUCACUGCUACAGCUUGUGGUUCAUCUGCCUGCCGGCCGCCGUACAGCUGGCCGAGUCCAAAAGCCGCGCCAUGCAGCAGGCCUACAAUGUCCUCUUGAAGAUGAGGACCACCGAGGUGGAGGUGUUAGAUGAGGUGUGUUACAGAGUGGUUAUGCAGCUCUGCGGCGUUUGGGGUCUUCCCGUUAUGGCCGUUCGAGUGCUGGUUGAGAUGAAGAAAGCCGGCGUUCAUCCCAACGCUAUCACAUACGGCUAUUACAACAAGGCAGCCUUGGAGAGCCCGUGGCCCAGCCAGAACCGCAGCGGCCUUUUUAUGUGGACCAAGCUUCGCAACGUGCUGCGCGGGGUCGCCCAGUUCAAGCAGAACCAGUCUUCAUCCGGAAAGAAACGCACGGGAGGCACGUCGUCGGACCGCUUGAGUCACUGCAGCGCGGAUAGCUCGGGGGACGUCGACGCGGAGGAACAACCGUUUGCUCGGAGCCGCCACGCGGGAGACGCCGAACGCGAGCACUGUCACGCAAGUAGCCAGUCCGAUCAGGGCUACGGCUCCAAGGACGAGUUGCGUCAGGGGAUGGCCGAAGCACCGCUCUCGGCUGACCUUCCCAAUGAAAAGAGAAGGAAAGCCAGAACGCAGCAGAUCGCAGGCGGUGAUGUUACCGAAUCAGUGGGGCGCGCCGCGGCAGGGGCAGAGCCUCCCUGUUCCGUCGACCCGCCGUCAUCUGUCCCCAGUAUCGUGAAAUUGUCAGCAGGGAGUUUUGACGCCGGCACCGAAUCAGUUAAAGGGAAGUUGUUCCGAAGGCACAGCAAGGCGGAUGACGUGUCUCUUCCUGACGACGACGCCUCAACGGAAGCGGACUACGCGGCGGAUCGGAAGCAGCGGAAGAAGCCCUUUGCCGAGCGCAGCAGAAGUUUCAGUGCCGAAACGCGGGCCGGAAUGCUCUCGGAGAAAGGCGGGGUCGACAUGGCCGGCCAGCUCGGCGCCGACGCCCGGAUCCUGACCGCGGCGCUUUCCGCCGGACAGACGGCAAACAGCACAGGCGGUGCAUCCAGAGCUCUUUUUCAGGACCUGGAGGAAGAACCUGAAGACAUUCAAAGUCCGAUUCUGGGGAAACUACCAGCGGAGGAAGAGAAGGGACUUGAGAAAGACGGGGGCGGGGGAACGCCGGAGAGGAAACGGAGCGAAACAAAUGAGGACGAGUCUGGAGUGCGCGCCGUAAACCUGGAAAGGGCGGACGUGGAGGCGGGUGCGGAUCCUCUUUCCCUCCUGGCGUCAGAGAGCCCGGAGUCGGCCUCCGCAAACGGCCGGGAGGCCGCCCGCUCCGCGCCCCCCGUGGUGUCCCGCAACCUGGCAGAGGAGAUUGAAAUGUACAUGAGCCUGCGAAGCCCCCUGGGCGCCAAGUCCACCAGCAUGGAGCUCAAGCAGACGCGGGGAGACUCCACCGACGGGCCGCGCUCCAAACCGUCUCUGGAACGCAGGUCCAGCCUCCCCGCGCCUCCGCCGCAAACUCCCACGGGCUCGCCGGCUGACACUCCCGAGCGCAGCCCCGCCGUCGUCACUCGCUCCAAGACGUUCAGCGCAAAGACCAAGCCGCCCGUCAGUAGGACGGCGAGUCCGGCCGUGAAAUCGUCUGCGCUGUCGCCGCUUCUCAAGUCUUCCCAGGGCGGCUCGCUGGGCUCCGUCAUCAACUCCAUUUCGGCCAUCAAGAUGGACAACUUGUUGUCUGGGCCUAAAAUUGAUGUGCUCAAAUCCGGAAUGAAGCAAGCAGCCAACGUAGCCAGCAAAAUGUGGGUGGCGGUGGCCACGGCUUACUCGUACUCGGACGACGAGGAAGAACAAGGUCAAAGCGGAGGAGGCUUCCCCGCCAGGCUGGACGAACACAUGCUGAGCGGGCGCGACGGCGAGGACGGCGGCCCCGAGAGAGGCGCCGUCCCGGUCUCGGUGGCCAACGGUCUGAACCGGAGCUGCGCCAGCAUCGGCAGCAGCAGCGGCAGCAGCGACACGGGCCGAGGGACGCAGCACGCACACGCGACUCCCGGCCGAGCGGGCAGGGCUUUCGACUCCGAGCAAGGCUCAUCGCAUCACGCCUCCUCCUCCAGCAUCUUCCAGAGCUACGCGCUGGAGGUGCUGAUGUCCAGCUGCUCCCAGUGUCGCUCUUGCGAGGCGCUGGUGUACGAUGAAGAGAUCAUGGCGGGAUGGACGGCCAACGACUCCAACCUAAACACAAAUUGUCCGUUCUGUUGCGCAGCCUUUCUACCGCUGCUGCACGUUGAGUUUCAUGACUUGCGCACACUGGCCGGGUUCUACCUGAAUCCUAGCGCCUCUGGAGACAGUAUUCACAGUUCCAGUGGUGGCCACCCAACAGCUCCCAGUGACAUGAAGGCACAGGACCACAUCGAUUUCCCUCUGGAGGAGCCAAGGGAGACUCUGGAUCACAGCCCUGGAACACACAAAAGUCUGACUCCAGAGCCGGCGCAGUCCGACCCGCUGGGUCUAGUGGAGCGCCAGGCGUCGGCCAAGAGAUGCAGCGGCACGUCGCUGACGCGCAGCAACAGUGUCGGCGGGCCGCUACAGGGCCUGGACUCGCCUCUGCGACCCGGUCACGGCGUCUCCACCGCCAGCCUCCCCGGCAGCCUGCACGAGGCGUCGGAAGCAAUGGCGAGCGAGAAGCCAAACCCUAAGCCUGUGUCCGUGCCAUACCUCAGCCCCUUGGUGCUGCGCAAGGAACUGGAGACGCUCCUGGAGAAUGAGGGAGAUCAGGUGAUCUACACCCACAAGUUCCUCAGUCAGCAUCCCAUCAUCUUCUGGAACCUGGUGUGGUAUUUCCGACGCUUGGACCUGCCCACUCACUUACCCGGUCUCAUCCUGACCUCUGAACACUGCAACAACGGCGUGCAGCUGCCCCUAACGUCACUGCCCCAGGACAGCAAGCAAGUAUACAUCCAGAUCCUGUGGGACAACAUCAACAUCCACCAGGAGGCCGGAGAUCCCCUUUACCUGCUUUGGAGGACCUUAUUGGAAAAGAAGGAAACAUUGGCGCCGACGGAUCACCAGGAGAUCCGCACGCUCCUCAACACGAUCGUCCGCAACAUCCAGACCAACGACGUCUACGGGCCCAUCAACCUGCUGAUCCGGGAGAGCAAACGGCGUCCGGAGGACUUCAAGCGGCAGAGGAGUAUUUACCGAGAAAUACUGUUUCUCUCGCUCGUGGCGUUGGGACGAGAGAACAUCGACGUAGAGGCUUUCGACAGGGAGUACCAGCUGGCCUACGAAGAGCUUAGCGCCGAGCAGCUCAAGUCUCUGCACCCCGUGGACCGGCCGCCCGCCGCCAGCGUGCAGUGCUGCCUCAAAUCUUUCGGCACCCCGUUCAUCUAAUCGCUUCGGACAAGUGGGUGUCCACGGAAAGCCGCUUGAGCGUUAAUCCGUAUCCUCGACAGCCGGCUUAAUGUACUAGUACGCUCUUCAUCCUCACCUGUCGGACAAUUCAGCGCCCAAUUAAAAUGACUGUGCCUUACUCGUACUGUUCUUUUCGCUACUGUGUGACAUUUCUUCCCCCUUGUAACAACUACGGUACUGGUAAGGCAAAACUGUGCACUAGUUGACAUCUGUGCGCUACUAGAACUACUAGUGAAGCGCUAGAUGUUAACAAGUAGAAUUAUAUAACAUCGCUAGUAGUCUGGGUAGCAUGCAGUUGUCAACUAGUACACAGUUUUGCCUUGCUAGUAACGUUGUUGUCCUACUAGUAUGCCAAGGUGAAGACAAAGAGCGUACUAGUACACGGACCUUGAGCUGCAUUGAGUUAAAAUGCUCAAAUGGCUUUUUAGACGGUUUUAUGGAAAGCCGUUUGAUAUCCCGCUUAAUGUCCAUAUACUAGUAUUCUACGUGUCUUCACUCGUCAAACAAUUCAGCCCACAAAUAAACGAUUUGGGCUCACUAACACUACUAACAUUUUUUUCCACUAUUGUAUGAUAUUUCGGACAACUUUGACAUACAAGUAGCUUGAACGACAUACAUCCCAAUUGUUUAACUAGUGAGGAUGAAGAGUGUACUAGUACACUGACCUUAAGCUGGAUAUCAAAGAUAUGGAAUAAAUGCUCAAACGGCUUUCUCGAGAUGUCAGUUAGUGACUUGGAAACGCCUCCGGGGUACUUUCAUCUGCCGCUCAGGAUGCAAUACCGGGCGUUGCCUACGAGCGGCACUGUUUCCCUGCUGACAGAUUAUUCACUGAUCAGAACAAGACCGAUUUGUGUGUUGUGUGUUGGCUAGCACUUCUUAGUGCACUUUCUAAGAAAAACAAAAAAUAAAAAAGUAAUUCAAGCUUAUACGGAGCCCCAGCCGUGACUUGGGGGGGGGGGGGAUGAAAUUGUGGCCACAAUAUACACUAUAAAAGGUGUGCACAAAAGGCUAAAUAUGCACAUUAUAGCUAUAUUGGGGCAACAAAUUAGUAUUUUGUGCUCACAAGCUAGCAUUUUGUGGAUACGUUAUGUCUCUGUUGUUCUGCAAAUUAGCAUUUGUGCAUACGACAUGUCUCUGUUGUUGGACAAAUGAGUGUUUUUGUGCUCACAAGCUAGCAUUUUGUGCAUACGUUAUGUUUCUGUUCUGCAAAUGAGUAUUUUAUGCUCACAAGCUAGCAUUUUGUGCGGAGGCUAUAUCUACUGUAUUUCCCGGCUACAAACGAACAUUUUGCGCGCGCGUUCUACGUAUUUUUUCCUCCCGUUUCACGUCUAGGGCUCCAUAAGUUCACCUGUCAUGUAUGUAUAUACAGUAUAUCCUGUAUAUUUUAAAUGGGGGCGCACGUCUGCCUGUCAAGUUUGUCUGAUCCAAGUCGUAUUCAAUUUUCAAGGCCACGUUGGAUGAAUAAAUCCGUGUCAAGCGGCAAAAGAGUGAGACUGGCUAAUGAAAAGUCCCAAGCGCACACCGUGGGCACGUUGGGCCGGCCCACGAGAAGUCACACCUGCUUCACUCCGGCGAUUCCCAACCCAUAGUUGACGUCUGGCCUUUUUCCACUUGCCGCACGCGAGCUCCGUUGGUGGAAGCACUGAUGAAGGGUGGCUUUUUAGUACUGCUGAUUGAUGAAUUUGAAAACAUUCCACGCCAAGUGCUGCAAUGGAGAAGGAGCACGGACAUAACAGAACACAUUCCGUUUUCAAAACUCAUCUCUAACGGUGAUGAAGAUGAGAUGAUCUUAAUUCGUUUGUCUUAGGAAAAAAAGAAUUUCUCUAUUUAUUUUUGUAUGAUUGACAUUUGCAGUCAUUAUAGUCACUUUUUUUUAUGACUAAUACCCAUUUUAAUGUUUAAUGAGAGAUUUAAACAUCUACUGAUUUCUCAAACGUGAUCUCUCACCGUCCUGUGGUAGGAAAUUGAAUGUCUACACAAAAGUAUGCUGCAAUAAACACGUAUGUGACAGAUUGAAAA